AUGAAUUUAAACAUUGCAGCUGGCGGUGCUUUAAUGGACAAACCUUAUGAAGACGCAUCUCAACUCAUUGAAAACAUGGCGCAAAACCAUUUCCAAUGGGAAGGUAAGCGAACUUCUACAGAAAAACCAACUAUGAAGACCAAAACAUACGAAGUCAAUGGCAUAAACCACGUCAAUGCUAAAGUGUAUGCUCUUACUCAAAAUAUUGAGAACUUAACCAUAACCCUAGUAGCUACCAUAGCUACUGUGGCACCCAACUGCGAAUUAUGCGGAACCCCUGGGCACACUAAUGUUGAAUGUCAGUUAUUGGCUGGUAUUCCUACUGACCAAGUAAACUACACCCAAGGAAACCCAUAUUCCAACACCUACAAUCCUGGCUGGAGAAAUCAUCCAAACUUUUCUUAUAAAAACAAAAAUGCUUUGUUUUCACCAAACCCAACACCUGUUGUACCUCCAGGUUAUCAGAAAGGACCCCUGCUUCUCCAUAAGCACCUAGAAAGUCAAAUAUCAAACUCAUGA